AAAACAAGUGCAGUAAAUAAUUUCCUAACUACGUUCGCGUAAGCAUUAACAAUACGAAUCGCAAACACGAAUACCUGUACAAUCAAUGCAAUCGCCAAGAUUCUCAAUUCUCGUGCAAUGAAUGAGCGUAUGGCGCAAACCGCGUUGUGCCUGGGCAGUCUUCAUAUUUAUUAUCGCAUUUACGGCCGUGUUAAGUAUUAAGUGCGUGCGAAUUAAUUUUUUUAUUUAUUUUUUAUUUUUGUGUUUAAUCAAAACAAACUAAACUUGGUUUUGGGAAACGCAAGAGAGAUAAACGAUUAAAAGAUUAAUCUUUAAAAAAGAGAAAUUUGUUUAAAAAAAAUUUAUUAAAGUUUUUUAGAAAAACCGCUUACCUAUGCAAAGCGUUAAUUAAGUACAGCUAAAUAUGAAGAUGCUUAACUGUCAUUAGCUUUCACGUUUAAUGAAAAGCUAUAUCUUUUCUUAUCAGUUAUUAGAAAAGUUAAUUGAUUUUGUCAAAAAAAAGAAAACAAAAAGAAAAACAAUUCAAAAAUGCAGCGUCGUAUGUCAGUGACCAUACGCGAGUACAAGUUUUUUCGCAGCUUUUCGCAAAAAUUCGAAAAUUGGCCGAAACGUAAAGCUGAAGCGUUGUGGCGUAAAAUGCGUGAACGAAAAAUAGCAGAAAUCGAAGCUGUCGAGGCAUGUAAAUGGUUAAGAGCUGCCGGCUUUCCACAGUACGCUCAAAUGUAUGAAGAUCAUCAAUUUCCUAUUGAUUUAACCAAUGUAGCCAAAGAUCAUACUAAUCUUGAAAAUGAUCAAUUGCAGUCACUCUAUAGGCGCUUGUGCGUGUUAAAUCGUUGCGCGAAUAUGCGCAUUGAUCAAUCACACAAGGCUCAGACGCCACAGAAAGAAGAUUCAGAUGAUGAAAAUUUUGCUUUAAGUGAAAAUUGGACAUUCCAGCCUCAUAUACGACGGUGGUCGCGUAUCGGUGAAAUGGGUCUUGAGAUACCGCCAGUCACAAAGUUAACCGCUGAGAAAACUGAAAGUUCAUCCAAAGAAUCAAGUCCCGAACGUUUCGAAGAUGAUGCUUAUGACUUGUCAGGUGCGGCUUUAUCUUUGACCGUACCCGGUGCUUAUGCUGACGAAUUAACAGACAUAUCGUUAGACGCGAAUGCCAGUCCUUUACGCAGAACUGGGAGCGAACGUUUAAAAGAUGGGGCCAAGGCGUUUCUAAGGAGAGUUGAGUCCAUAAAAUCGAGACGUCGAAAACGUCAGGGCAUUGUACUAAGCGGUCCCCAAGCUUUGGAACUCUCUCAACUUGGUCAACGCGGUGGCAAUAGAAAACCAGAAGUUAUAUAUUCAACACCUCCCUCCCCAUCAGCAGUAAGUCCUGAGCACACGUUUCAUAAACCACCAUUUUUUGGCAAUGAAUUGAAAGUUCCAUCACAAAGUGACCAUUAUUUAAGUCCGAACCGUGUAAGUCCAAAAAAGGUACCUUCAACACCGAGAUCUAUGCGAGCUAGUCCUUUGCAUUUUUUCACAAACACUAUGCCACAUCUCAAGGAGGGAAAAUCGGAUGAUUCAUCUUCAUACUAUAGCGAUAGUCAGGAGUCCUCUUCAACUGUAAAUAAGUGUACUGUACGUAAAACUCCAUCCAAAACACGUAGAUUUCUGCAGAGAAGCGGUAAAGUAGACGAUAUCGGAGCCCAUUCAGAUUCCGAAUGCCAUCAGGGUAGAAAACUUUUGAUAAAAGAUGCCAAUUCUAAUACGACGGAAGUAAAAAUGAAGAAGUUGUCGCGCGGAGGUUCUUUAAAUUUAGGUCGAGAUGGAAAGAGAAAAGAAAGUUCACGAUCGGCUAGCUUUCGUUCACGCUCAACGAGCAGAAAAGAAGCUAAGCCUCCUCAAGAAGAAAACGAUAAUGUGAAAAAGACUCCUGUAGUAAGAUGGCACAGUUUUCAAAUGACCGAACGUCCCAAUAUGAUAUUCCGAAAAUGUUUCUCCCAAAAAAAUGAUCCUCAUAUAAAUGAAUACGGAGUACCCUUCGCUGCGAUGUCCGCCGGUCAGUUACAAAUGUUAAGAAAACUGGCUCUAGUCAUACUCACCGGUUACAUGGAACGCUAUUGCCCUACACAUCGUUCCGGUUGGAAUUGGGAAUUGCCGAAAUUCAUCAAAAAAAUAAAAAUGCCAGAUUAUAAAGACAAAAAGGUAUUUGGUGUACCACUGUUGCUUAUACUGCAACGCACCGGACAAACUUUGCCGAUAGCCGUAAGGGCAGCAUUGCGUUGGCUGCAAUUGAAUGCUUUAGAUCAAAUUGGCCUCUUCCGUAAAAGCGGGGUGAAAUCGCGAAUAUUAAAAUUGAAAGAACUUAUCGAAUACUCAGAAUCUACAACGGAGUGCAUGGACGUCUACGAUACCCAACAGGCGUACGAUGUAGCCGAUAUGUUGAAGCAAUAUUUUCGUGACUUACCCGAAUCGUUGUUGACUACCAAAAUGUCGGAAACAUUUGCUACCAUCUUUCAACAUUUACCCAAUGAAGUACGUUUAGAUGCUGUUCAAUGUGCCGUCCUAUUGUUACCCGAUGAAAAUCGCGAAAUUCUCUACGCGUUAUUAGAAUUUUUAACGUUAGUUGCCGCCAAUGCUCAGUACAAUCAAAUGACUGCCAACAAUCUGGCUGUGUGUUUGGCUCCAUCACUUUUUCACAAUAAUAUAUCAACUGGUAGUAGUUCGGUAACAGCUUCGCCACGUCGCAAAGGCAAAGGAUCCGGUGUACCGGAUGCCAAAGAACUGUUUGAGGCGAAAGCCUCGCACGAGUGUUUGGCUUUUAUGAUAGAAAAUUACAAGCAAAUCUAUACAGCGUCUAAGGAGAAGCUCAGCAAAUGUAAAUUCGGUUAUAUGGAAGAGUCGAAACCACUGCCGUUGGAGGCCUUAGGUGAGGGUAUGCAAUUUCAUAAUUGGCGCGGCUAUUUGUAUGAGAGUACAAGCGCUACCAUUAAGGAGGGCAGAGAAAAAUCGCGAGGUUGGAUAACAAUUAAUUCCUUAACCGAUGCAAAUGUGGAAAUCGCUUAUAAGAAAGUUGGCGAUGGUCAUCCCUUGCGUUUGUGGCGUUGCAUUACCGAAAUGGAGGGACCGCCUAAAGAAGUUUUAGAGUAUAUAAUUAAACAGCGCGCCUCUUGGGACCCUCAACUCUUGCAAAGUUUAAUUGUUAAGAAAUUGGAUGACUGCACCGAAAUAUUCCAGUAUGCUCUAGAUGGGCAGCAAAUAACGGAUUAUUGUGUAUUAAGAUCAUGGCGUUCAGAUUUACCGCGUGGAGCUUGUGUUAUUGUCGAAACUUCUAUAGAUCAUCCGAAGGCCAGGCCGAUGUUUAAUGCUGUGCGUGGUGUGGUCUUGGCCUCACGUUAUCUCAUUGAACCAUGCGGCAGUGGUCGUUCACGAAUUAUGCAUUUGGCCCGAGUUGAUGUUAAAGGUAAAACGCCCGAAUGGUAUAAUAAAAGUUACGGUCACAUAGCAUCGCAUUAUUUAACACGAAUACGUUUAGCGUUCAAAAGUGUAGCCGAUGGACCUGAAAGUAAAGUUUAAGCCUUUGGUUGCCGCAAGGAAAAAGGACAUCGCAAAUAAAUAAAUAAAUAAAUAAAGUGAACAAAGCGAAAAGAAAACGAAAUAUAUUGAGUUUCUGCUUAACUAAAAUAUAAGCGCGCAAAUUGUGUUUAAAUGCGAAAAAAUGUCUCAAAAAUAUUCAAAGCAUUUAUUAAAUGUUUUUACAUGUAAAAGCAAUUUUUCAUUGAAUGUAUAAAUUUUUAGAAAAUUUUUACAAACACAUCGUAUUCAAUACCCAGGACCAGAUUUAAAAAAGAAAACCAAUAAUCCCAAAAAAAAAAAAAAAAAAAAA